AUGCCGUCGACAGAGCCGCCUGUGGCGUCAUGUCCUGCACCGCCUAAUUACUGCCUCGACCGAGGUCGAAGCUCGCCUUCAUUGGUGGAGGAGCCCAAGUCUCAUCUUGAUACGUUGAUAUCAUAUUUAGUGGCUGCCAAGCGAUCCCUGUCGUCGAUAUACCAUGUCUCACGAGCCAAUGAAAUUGUCAACACCGCGCGGACUGCCCUCGAGGAGAGCGUGAUCGUAUCGGCCAGAACGGGGUUUUUGAGACGUGGACAAAAGAAUCAAAUUCGGCUUUUGUAUAAAGUACGCACGGAAAUCGAAAAUAUAUCACAUCGAGGACGUGCAGAAUUUGCCAGUGUGUUAAAGGAGCUUGACGCAGUCGAUGAUCGCUUGCGACGUACCUUAGAUAAACUACAGCAAACAGUGGUGCAUUCUUCAUUCCGUCCAGAGGGCGAAGACUCCAAGAGCCUCCAUGACUUUGUAGAUGAACGCGGUGUCGAUGAGUUGCAAACAGUUUUGAAAUCAUCUAUUGACCGUAUAAACGAAGCUCAGGCGCAGCUGGAUAAGUCCAGCUCUGCCUUUGAUGAAGAACUCCAGUCGCUUCAACAUGCCCUUGGGCGAUAUCGCACCGCAAUGGAGCUAGUAUCCUCCCGUUCAUCACUCUCGGGAUCCUCACCGGCCGCGUCCAACCCGGCAUUAGCGUCACCGUCGUCCAUACCAGCAAUGCUUCACUCACUAGAAUCCAAUGCUCAAGAGAUGGCAGAUCUACUCGAAUCCUUGGUCCAUCAUUUUGACAGAUGUGUCACGGCUGUGAAACACACCGAAGGCGGCGGAGCUGCAGCUCGAUCUAUUACUGGCGACAUGCCGGACGCUUUUAAUGUCCCACUCGGAAAAGAGAUCCAUGAAGCUGCUGAAAUCAAUGCCAAUGACUCAGUCGACCCCAUGACCGAAUCCGACUACCAAGAAAUGCUUGGUGUUCUUACGAGAGAUGCAGCGGAAGCUGAAGAUGUUGUUCUUGAAAUCCAAGAGCGCAGCAAUGAUAUGGAAGCUAUCCUAGAAAGUGUUCUCGGGCACCGCGAUGCGGUCGUGGCCAUCUGCAAUGCUACUACGGAGAUAUUUGGUCACCUUUCCAGUCUCGCUUCCACCCGCUUACCAGAGUUCAUCGCUCAAGCACAUAGUUUCACCCAAACUUGGAACGAAGAACAUGAACGAAUAAGGGCCGGCAUGGCAGACCUCUCCGAUCUUCGAUCACUCUAUGUUGGGUUCCUGGAUGCUUACGAUGGUCUCAUCCUCGAAGUUGCUCGGCGCAGGCACAUGCGCCAAGGUGUCGAGAGGGUUUUACGGGACACCCGCGCUAAACUUGACCAGCUCCACGAGGAAGACGUCAACGCUCGAGAAGCUUUUAGAGUAGAACAAGGUGAUUACCUACCAUCUGACAUUUGGCCAGGCCUAGGACGCGGGCCAAUGAAGGUCAAAUUCGCACGACUACCAGGCGAAAGACUCGCGCAGGCAAGCGGUGACAAUGACCAGGAAACGGAACCUACAGACGCCCCCAUCGAGGAUGAGUCCCCAGCUGAUGACGGCGAUUAUAUUCCGGAUCUGCCGAAACAUGUCGUUGAUGAGGCUAUUGCACGAUUAAAAGCACGAGCCAAGGCCGACCCCUUAGGAUGA